ACGAAUGACUGUCGAACUGAGCGCAUCACUUCGAUGCAGUGUUUAUUGAAAAAAAUUGAAAUUGUAUAAAAAAUAUUCGAUUUUAUCAUAAAAAACGUGAUAAAUUUAAUGGUUUUAUUGGAAAUUAUUUAAAUCAUUGCAUGAAAAAUGAAAUCUUCAAUGUUUCGAACACCAGCGCGUUCUGUACCAAAGACACCCAUGAGUCGACAAAAUUCGGCUGAAAGUGUUACUGAUCCAGUUCAAGUAUAUUGUCGUGUUCGUCCGAUAAAUAAUCCAAAUGAAGCGUCAUGCGUUGAAGUUAUUUCGUCAAAAACAGUCAGUUUACGGCCUCCAGAGAUGGCUGUCAACUAUAAAAGUAUGCGCGAAAUGCAGUAUACAUUUCAGCAUGUAUUUGGUCAGCAUUCAACACAACGUGAAGUUUAUGAACAUGUUGCACAACCAUUGGUUGAGGGUUUAAUUAAAGGACGGAAUGGAUUAUUGUUCACAUACGGUGUGACAUCCAGUGGCAAAACAUAUACAAUGACAGGAAAUCAAGAGAAUCGUGGUGUAAUGCCGCGUUGCUUAGAAUCAUUGUUCAAAACGAUAUCCGAUUAUCAAACGAAAAAAUUUGUCUUCAAACCAGACCGUUUGAAUGGCUUCGAAAUUUUGUCCGAAGAAGAUGCAAUGCUGGAACGUCAAGCCGAAUUAAAUGCUCGUUUUGGUAAGAAUCAUCGACGUAAAGAUAGUGAUCCGGAGAUUGCAUCGCAAGCAUCGGCCGAAACAUCAAUUUUGGGUGGCAUCGAUGAGGAUAAUAUGUAUGCGGUAUUUGUAACGUAUGUCGAGGUUUACAACAAUUCAGUUUAUGAUUUGUUGGAAGAUGGACCGGCUCAGAAGACAUUACAAACGAAAAUUAUACGUGGCGAUGAAAAAUCAAAUAUGUACGUACAUGGUGUGACGGAAAUUGAGGUGAAAACGGUCAGUGAAGCAAUUGAAGCAUAUCAUUUGGGACAAAAACGUAAACGAAUUGGUCAUACAACGCUCAAUGCUGAAUCAAGUCGAAGCCAUUCAGUGUUUACGAUUCGUUUGGUGCAAGCGCCAACCGAUAGUCGCGGUGAACAGUUGAUUCAAGAUCGUCGUAAGAUUACAAUUAGCCAAUUGUCAUUGGUCGAUUUGGCCGGCAGUGAACGUACAAAUCGUACAAAUAAUACAGGCGUUCGAUUGCGCGAAGCCGGCAACAUAAAUAAUUCGUUGAUGUCACUUCGUAAAUGUCUGGAGACAUUACGUGAAAAUCAAAAUUCAAACGUACAAAAGAAGGUACCGUAUCGUGAUGCAAAAAUCACACAUUUAUUCAAAAGUUACUUUGAUGGCGAAGGUCAAGUUCGUAUGGUUGUUUGUAUAAAUCCACGGCGUGAGGAUUUCGACGAAACAACGCAAGUGAUGAAAUUUGCCGAAAUGACACAAGAGGUACAAGUGAUGAGACAAACACCAAUGAAAACUGACAUCGGAUUUACUCCAGGGCGUCGUAAGGCGAAUCAAAUAUUCAAAAUGGCUGUACAUAAAUUGGAAGAAACGGGACGAACCGAUGCAAAGAAACUUGAUGUUGAUAUUGGUUUGGUAUAUAGUCUUGGGCCCAAGUUUCCCGAUUAUCGUCUCAUCUCACCCGAAACCGAUGAAAUUAUUGUUCAAUUGAUGCAACACUUGGACCAACGUAUUAAAAAACGGUCGACACUAUUGGAUGAUUUUGGUGCUCGGCAAAAUCAACAUCGCAUGCAUUUGGUACGUACUGAACAAGAGUUGGCUGAACUUCGAAGAGAAAAAAUCAGUUUGAAUCAGAUGUUUGAAUUGGAACGUAAUCGUACGAAGAAUCUAGAGAAGGUUAAUGUAGAUAAGGAAUCAGAGAUUCAAACUCUAAAACGAAAAUUACAUGAACAUGAACGAAAAAUUGAAGAGCAAAAAACUCAGAUUAAUCAGAAAGAAAGCCGAAUAAAACAAAUGGAAAUCGAACAACAGCAAAUUAAACAGAGAUAUCAAUCGAAAUACGCCAUCGAGGUGGAGAAAACCAAUCAAAAAUUAGAAAGAAAAUACAAGGAUCAAACCGACCAAAUGAAUAUUGAACUUCGCAGUAAAAACCGUAAGAUUGGUCAACUUCGUGAAGUGCUUAAUGAUUGUGAAAAUAUGAGAAGUGAGCCCGUAGCGUCACAACCAACAAAAGAACGCACCGCAAUAUCAAAUUCCAUUGCAUCAACUCCAAGAUCGGCUAAAUUCACCGGCUUGGAAGCGAACACACCACGUACACUUCGGGGUGUUCCGGUUGCAAAUAUUCGUCAUCGUCGCUCACGGUCGACCGACGAACGUUGGCUAGAGCAUCGCGCACCACAUCCGGUUCCAUUGGGAACCAUCUUUCAGCCAUACUACAAAGCACGUAAAUCAAUAACAAAAUUGACGGAUGCCAAGGAUUUGACCAAUGCAAAAUCAUCAAAAUACUGUUUGGUUGCACAAGGUGCCGAUACGGACGGUGAAGUUGAAACUCGCCUGUACAAAGGAAAUGUUAUACCAACAUGUGGUGGCGGUGCACAGGUCGUUUUCAAUGACGUCGAAUGCUUGAAACAACGAUCACCAGUUACAUCACCACGUCGGAAGCGUCCCAGUGUUGAAGAGCCAACACCAAGCACAAAUCCCGAUGAAAUCACAUCACGUUGUAGCAUUGGCAUUCAAGGAAAGAAAUCAAAGUAUUAAAAUCAUUCCGCACACUUACCAGACACUUCCACUGGCCUAUAUACGACUUUUUUUCUAUCGUAGCACAAGUAUUAAUCUUUUUUUUUUGAGAUAAGAUCUGAUAAACGAAUAAAAUGUAUUAUGCAUAGUAAAUUAAGCAAAAUGUAACAUUGAGUAAAGUAGCUUGAUGCCGA